AUGGCCAACUCGGCGGACCGAGUCUUCCAUACUUUGGAGCUCGCUCAGCAAAUCGUCUUUGAGCUAGAACUCAAAGAUUUCUUCAGAGCAUUGUCGAUUACAAAAGGGCUUUGGGAAAGCCGUGUACCAAACCACGUUUGGGAAGAACACCUCAUGCGUCUUGGAUACCCACUUCGUACCAUUCGACAAACCCGUCAUUCCCUAGAGUCCUGUUAUAUGAGCAUAUCUCAAGCCGCUGAUGCCAUCAGUCACGGAGUCAGCCCCGGAUCAAACCUCAUGAGGUUGGCAGAUGAGCUUGGAGAGAAUCACGAAUACAAAUACCACUAUGAUGGCGAUAUGGCAGCGCCACUCAUCAUUCAAUCUUCUCCGUCAGACAAAGCGGCAGACAAGUGCAACAUCUUUGCGAUAGAUUUUGAAGAUUUGCGUCUCUUGUUCACAGACGUGGAGAAUUUCCCCAAAAACGUAGUGUUCAACGGCACUGUUCUCCUAGGAGUAGAUCACAGUCGUGACGACAUAAAGCCACGUCCCGUUGUUCUAUACAGUCUGGAUGACUGGUCUCUAACAAACAAGUUGAUAAACACUCGUCUAAGCAACGAUGAGAAUAUAAUGUGGUUGAGAGAGUACCGGCUCUAUCAUAAUGUCAUCUUAAUUACUUACGUCAUAUUUGAUGAGACAAUGGAUGUGACCGAGAUUUGGAUGGAUAUUUGGGACGUUCAAGGAACGAAACGUGGAGAAAUCAUUAUCCCUGUAGAAGGCUCUGCAGACGGUCCGUUCCAUUCUGAUGACGGCAGUCACUAUUUGACGAUACUUAGCAACCCCUCGUUGGACAACGUCCCACGAACUAUCCAAACUUGGAACUUGGAACGGAUGGAGUUGACAUAUGAAUGUACCGUCUCCGAAGAAGAUAUGGAUCAAAAUCAUGACUUCCAUACGACAAAUGGCAUUGUGUACAUUUGUGACGAUUCAGCGGAGAUUUCUGAAUACUGGGCUGUUGAUGGCAGACCUAUUUCCAGGAAAGUUGCAGAGAUGGAAUUUAACUCGACUUACUGGAGAAAGUUCUCAGAUGGCAGCAGGAUUGUAUGGGACAAGUGGCUUAUACUGUACACGAAGGAGGGAGAUGUAGUGCAGCGCUUCAAGGUGAAGCGGGUACAGGGGGUCUACUGCCUUGAAGCUGGCAUACUUUUUGACAGAUUCAUCUUCUGCAUCUCUUGGCGUGAGAAGUCGAAACAGGCAACCUUGAUGAUCUAUUCCAAGACAGGAGAGAAAUUGACACAGACUCGUUUGGAUGUGAGAGGGCGCUGCUUGAGAUGGUUCGUUGACAUCGCGGGACGCCUGGUCUUGAUCUGGGACAUGGAUACAUGCAUGGAAAUUGUAGAUUUUCGUGGGCUUUUAUAG